AUGGAAAUGGUCCAGCUUUCGGGCUUGACUGGCGUAGACGGUCCAAGGCUCCGAUCCCUACAAGAGUAUCGUAAGGAUGUUGACCUUGCACGUCCUCAGAUUCAUGGACAACUGGAUGUCAUGGCGGUUCCAAACGGGGGCUUGAAGGGGGCCAAAGGCUUGGUUGGCUUUGGAGAUCCGGCGGGCAACCUCGUCGUCUUUUCUGGUAUUGCAUGA